AUGGAAAACUAUUUUGGUAUUAACAUUUUAUUUUUUUACAUGUUAUAAUAUUAAUAAAUUAUAUUAUUUAUUUUAUUUCAUAAAAUUAGUUAACGCAAAAGUAACAAAAGAACGUGAGAAGUUUCUCACAACAGGUUGUCCGAAAUUUGAUAAGUUACUCCAAGGUGGUAUUACUACUCGCGGGAUUACACAAAUUUAUGGAACUGCAAGUACAGGAAAAACACAAUUAGCUUUACAAUUAUGCCUGACAGUACAAUUACCUACAACAGAAGGUGGUUUUGCUGCUGGUGCAAUAUAUAUUUGUACUGAAUCUGUAUUUCCAUCACGAAGAUUACAGGAAUUGAUAGAAAAACUAGAAAUUACUAAAAAAUAUGGAAUAAAUGGUGAUUCAGUAUUUGUAGAACACAUACCAACUAUUGAGAAAUUAGAAACAUGUUUGCUUCAUAGAAUUCCAAUAUUAAUGUCUGCACAAAAGAUAGGAUUAAUAAUUAUAGAUUCCAUUGCUGCUCCAUAUAGAGUAGAAGACUGGAAUGAUGAAUCUAAUAAUAGGGCAAAGAGUUUGAGAAUAGUUGGACAACAAUUACAUAAAUUAUGUAGAAAUAAUAUUUGUGUAGUUUGUAUUAAUCAGGUAGCAGCAGUUAUACAUAAUAGUAUACUUAAUGAUAAUUUAAUCGUGCGACCAACUUUGGGGGCAACUUGGUUAAGUAUGAUAACUAAUUCCAUAGAAUUUUAUAGACUAGAUUCUAUGAGAUAUGCUUGUGUGAGAUUGUCAUCAAAUUUACCAGAAAUAACUAUUCCAUUUACAAUACAAGGAUGUGGAGUUCAAGCAAUAAGUUAA